AGCGAAUUGUGAACCCUACGUUCCAAGCUUAUUUCGAACACAGACGAAAGACUUAUGAACAUCGUCGGGCGUUAUUGGAACGCCUGAACGAGAAACUCAAGCAGUUCAACAAGGUACCUAAACCCACCAAGGUGACCAUCACAGAUGGUGAAGAGGAAACGAUACUUGCUGAAUCUGAAGAGGAGGAGUUUGUUUAUACCAAGAUCGAGGAUGCGCAAAAGAAGAUGGCUAAAGACAUCUCCCGAUUGUCUACCCUAGUGGCUACGCUGGCCGCCACUCAAGGCGAUAAUCCUUUGCGGGUGGCUUUAACAUCUCUCAUAUCAUACCUGACUCAAUCCACCUAUUCAUACAGCUAUAGCUACCUCAACUCAAGCAACUCUGGAUCUGGCGUACCUGGUGUGGAUACUGAGGCUAAAGAAGUACAGGAUAUCAAGAGUGAAAUUAGAUCACUCAAGGGUUUCUUGUUGAACCGAAGAAACUUCCCUUCGGCAGCCCAUAUCCAACCUAGCCGAAGCAUGCCCAGUGUACCAACAUAUCACAAAAAACCCGCCACUGAACUUGAAGACAAAGCUGGUAAAUAGUUAUAGAAACGGAGACGGUAACAGAAACGUAAAAGGGAAAAAUGUAUAAAUGAAAAUGUC